UGAGGUGACAGGAUGGUGGUCCAGGAAUCUCAAGCAUCAGCCUUCUGGUUCUGACCAGUCUGGGGUCUCAGCAGAGCCCUCAGCACCCUCCGGCUCUAUUCUCUGCGAAUUUCCUUGUCUGCUGUCUCUCCCCCGUGAGAACUAAGCCCACGAGAGCCGAGACCUCACCUGUCUUGGUCCACUUGCGUGUCGUCAGCACCUUGCACGGGGCCCGGCAAACAGUAGGCUCUCAGUAAAUACUGAAUAAAUGAGUGAAAUGAACACAAAGAUGUGAAAUGACUUCAAGGAGCUUUUGGGAAAUUCUAAUAUCUUCAUGACUUCCAAAGGAAAUGCCGUUUAUUCAGCUCACCUGCAAAAUAUGUUCAUUUGUUAAAAAGAAGAAGACAGUCUCAGGGUUGCGGGGUAGUUUUGUCCCUGCAGCUGAUGGCUGGUGUCCGUGAGAAAAGGAAAGGGAAUGGAAAGGCCCAUUCUACUUCAUCCAAGGUGCAGACCCACAGUUUGGACUGAUGAAGGCCUGGUCCACUGGGGAUUGUGACAGCGGCGGUGACGAGUGGGAGCAGGAGAUCCGUCUGACUGAGCAAGCCGUCCAGGCUAUCAACAAGCUGAACCCCAAGCCCAAGUUCUUUGUUCUGUGCGGGGACCUCGUCCAUGCCAUGCCCGGGACGCCCUGGCGGAAGGAGCAGACGGAGGACCUGCAGCGGGUGCUCAGGACCGUGGACGGCGAGAUCCCGCUGGUCCUCGUCAGCGGCAACCAUGACGUGGGCAAUGUCCCCACCCCCGAGACCAUCGCGGAGUUCCAGCGGACCUGGGGAGAUGACUAUUUCAGCUUCUGGGCUGGGGGCGUCCUGUUCCUCGUCCUCAACUCCCAGUUCUUCUAUGAUGCCUCCAUGUGCCCUGCCUUGAAGCAGGCCCAGGACCAGUGGCUGGACCAGCAGCUGAGCAUCGCUGGGCAGCAGAAGUGCCAGCACGCCGUCGUCUUCCAGCACAUCCCGCUGUUCCUGCAGAGCAUCGACGAGGACGACGACUACUUCAACCUCACCAAGUUGGUGCGGAAGGAGAUGGCAGACAAGUUCUCCCAAGCAGGUAUCAAAGCUGUGUUCUCAGGCCACUACCACAGAAAUGCCGGGGGCACCUACCAGGACCUCGACAUGGUGGUAUCAUCUGCCAUCGGAUGCCAGCUGGGCAAAGACACCCAUGGGCUCCGAGUCGUGGUGGUCACCGCUAAGAAAAUCAUCCAUCGAUACUACAGUUUAGAUGAGCUGAGUGAGAAGGGAAUAGAAGACGAUCUGAUGGAUUUGUUGAAGGAAAAAUGAUUGCCGAUUAUGAUUUAUUCACUUUUCACUUCUACUAUUUUUUCAUUUUAGAAGAAACAGCAGCUGCACACAACCCCUUAUUGAAAUAAAAAAGUAUACCAGGCAGAUUUGUGAAUUUAUGUCCUUUUGCUUAAAUCAGAGAGCUAGGUCCUGUCGUAAAUGAUAUUUAAAAUAGAACUGCCCUCCCUAUGCAAAAGAGAGGGGAGGAGCCUGGAAAUGAAAGAAUAAAUGAUAUUAUUAGAAUCUCUCUGCAUGGGUGAUUGAAUAAGUUCUCCUAAUGAUGUUUUUCUCAACUCUGCUCUGAAUUAGAUGGUUUUCUGGCAUCAUAUGGUAAAUGUCAACCUAUCGAUCUCAGUCACAUCCUGAUAUCCAAGUGUGAUCUCUGAUGAAUCUUUGAACAAAAUUCACCUGAUUAUAGUAAACCGUGGUCACAACUCCCAAAAUGCUAGGCAAAACGAAGAUCAUCUCCUUCCCUUCCUGACAAAACAAAUAAUUGUGUUCUGUUACCAGAGCCAGAGACUCGUCUGGCUGAGGAGCUGAGUAGCCGACAUUUACUAUUAAAGUCUGGGACAUCUGUUAUGGCCGAUGAUGAAGCUGAUACAAGUCAAAGCUCGAGUUUACCUUCAUGGCGGCUAGAAAAGUCACCUUUGCACAUAAAUCGUCCAUAUUCAAAAGCCUCAUCCCGGAGACUAGAACCAAAGCCCUAAAAGGCCACCUCUGCAGUCAUGGGCAGCACGUCUGAUUCACUCACAUUCACGUUCGCUGCUGCAGUAACUCCCUCCGCAGGUGGAUGUUCUCGUGUGAUCGGAAUCAUCCUCCGUUUAUGAGACUCUUAGCUCUGUCUACUUUGACAGAAAACAUGGGAAUUGAUGCAGAGUUCUUCAGAAACCAAGCAGAAAUUCCUGUGGGGCAAAAACAGUGCUUUCAGCCAUGUUAUCUAAAUUGGCACCAAUUUUGAUUAAAUGCGCUGGUGCAGGAUCCCUUGACCAAGGAGCGUGGAUGGGUUAAAAUCAGCAUUGUCUUUGUCUAAUCUACCUUGCUGCUGCUUCUCUGCGGCCCCUGACCACUGCGUAAUUUUACCCACGUCACCUUCUCCAGCAGUCAUCCUGAUGGACAGGGAGCCUGGGUACCCUCCAUCCUGCCAGGAAAACGUCACAGCGUUACGCAGUAGCAUUCAGUCAUCCUAACAAAGCAAAACAAAAAACCAAAAAACUGGUUGCAAAUGAACUGCAAAGUCCAUUAAAUUAAAAGACUUUCAUGUCAAAAAGUUUUAGUCAAUGUAGCAAAACCAUGUGAAAUUAAAUAGAAAGAUAACUGGAUAUAUAAAUUCAUAAGGAACAAAAGACAAGAAGUUAAUUUUACUACAGAUCGGUGACACACCAUAGCUCAUUGUUAUGUGGCAAGAAAUUAAAAUUUUUCAAAAUUAGAAUGCUCCUGUUUUAGAGUUCUGCUGCAUUCUUGCUUCGCAUUCGUCUUUCUUUACAACAGGUGGGAAUAGAAGAGAUCAAGGAGAGGAAUUCAGUAAGAGGCAUAACCAAUCAGCCAUGCGUUUGAGGCCUGGGAUGUGGUAACUUCAGAAUCGGACGUGAGGAACGUGAACCAGGAUGGUCAGUGCGGAUGUGGGUCUCCUGGGGGAAACGGGGAGAGUUUAAUCACCACGGACUGGAGCUCUCUUUGUCACGUCACCUGUGCAAAACGCUCUAGACUGUGGCACCUGGGUUUGGGGAAGGAUAUGGAAAUAAUUAAAAGUAAUCGAAAUGAAACUUCUAAAUCUCCUUCUCCAAAAACCUAAUAAGGAAGAUAAUUGAUUCAAAACACAGCAAGAAUAUGCUACGAAUAGGGAAUCCUAUGAAAUUCUCACCAUUUUUAAAGUAACCAAACAGCAGUAUUCCCCAAUGGUGAUAGGUUCAGAAAGCAGUUAGGAAAUGAUGGUGUAUCAUUCUGAUAGUAAUUACCAAUGCGUUCACUUAUGAUUCCUUUUUCUUUAAAAAAAAAAAAAGACAUAUUUUUUAAAAAGUGCCUUAUACUGGGAUAAACAAUAAAACACACCAUGAUCAUAAGUGCUCUGGUUUCGAAUGUUUA